AAUCCCUCAUUCUCAUCAGAUAUCCACAGAGGGGGAAAGAAAAUAGCUCCUGUAACCCCAGUGAACUCUGACAAUCCUUCUGUCGCUGUGGUUUACUGUGACAAUGUCCACACCUGCCCUGAUGGUACUACGUGCUGCAGAACACCUUAUGGACAGUGGUCAUGCUGCCCAUACAGUUUGGGUCAGUGCUGCUUUGAUGGCAUCCACUGCUGUCCCUUUGGUUAUCACUGUGACAGCACAUCCACCCAGUGUUUAAGAGGAGCACUGAGAUUUCCUGCUUCCCAACAGAUUGCUGCCAUGCAGAGCAUCACCAUUCAGGAUUCAUGCUGUCAGAGCGAGACAGGCUGCUGUCCCAUCGGCUUUCAGUGUGAUGAAGAGAGCAAAACCUGCAUGAGUGACAUUGGUCUUUGAGCAGAAGGUUAUUCAGAGGAAAA